UUUCUUACGCACUGCUGACUCUGAAGCACUCAUGGCUCCUUGAGGUGAAAAUCUACCCGUUUAAUCUGUCCAAAAAAAAAAACCUGAAUUUGUUAUUAGGGCUUCUUUAUUAUAUUUCAUCACUCAGACGAGGCCAUCACGCAGAUGUCCACUUGACCGGCUUGGGGUGCUCCAGAUUUUGCCUUUUUUUUUUUUUUUUUUUUUUUUUUGCUGCAAUGAACUCUGUGGCAAGUUUAUCCUCCCUGACUGCUUGCUUGUUCCUCUCAAUGUGUCUUCUGUCUUCACCCUCAAGCAGCAGCAGCUUGUGGGGCCAGAAGAUCCACUUUGGGUUUCGUCCAUGUGUGUGGCAGUUGCACCCGGACACCGUGGUGCCCCCCCUCAGGAACCUGAGCGUAUGCAUGCUACUGCAACGCGCUUACGACACAGAAUGGAUUGCUUUUGUCUACAAAGCUCCAGGAAGUAGACAUGUGGAGCUGGGCUUGGGGGGCACGGGAACCCAGCUGGUGGUCUGGGUCUUUGGACAAGAAUGGCGUUUAGAUUUGGAAUUGAACGUGCUCCAGUGGUAUUCAGUCUGCCUCACCUGGUCUGGGGGGCCCAAUAGGCUGCAGGUCUUUCUGAAUGGAACCAUGCGCAGUGAGGCCUCUUUUGCAAACGUCAUCGCAGAUCAGCAUUUGGGCCACAAUGGGACCCUAACUCUGGGGAUGUCGCACUAUGUGGACGCCAGUGGUGCCGUCAAAGUGGAGAAGGGGAAUAAUCUCAUCGGAGCCAUCGGUCAGUUCAGGAUGUGGUCCAGCGACUGGAACGAGGAGGAGCUGGGGAGGCGAAUGUGCGCGGACGGAGAUGUUGUGAGCUGGGACCUGCGCCACUGGAAACAUGACUGCCCCCUCGAGAAAGACGCCAGCCUGCACUGCGCAUGGUCCUUCUUCAAAGUCAAAAUGCAGACGUCCCUCAGACGGAAAAGACAGCCAGGAAAUUGUUCUGAGUCACUGACGAAUCUCACCAGAGAAUGGUUCGAGACUAUUUUCCCACAACACAUUUCUAUUAGCGACAUAUCUGUGGACUCACCUGUCAGCCCGAAAUGCGGUGUGCAAAUACUUCAGCAAUCAAGAGCUGUGUCCGCUACUGCUUGUAACAAAUGUUUUAGCUCAGAAGUUACGAUCAAGGUGGAUCCCGCUGAUAGUGUGGAAGUGGUUCAGGCUUAUGUUGCCAAACGGCUGGUUUGGACCUUCUCCACUGACACGCUCAUCCUGACGGCGGAACACAACAGCAUCCGCGUGCUGCCUGUGGAAUCAUCAUCACCCGUCAUGACAUCUGCACCACCCACUGUGACUUUGCCCGGUACAACCCAAAGGGUUCCCGAGCAAGUCGCUAAUAUGUCCACAACAGGAAAUCCUUUGUACGUCAAUGUGAGUGCAGGUACAACCCAAAGAGUUCCCGAGCAAGUCGCUAACAUGUCCACAACAGGAAAUCCUUUGUGCGUCACUGCCGCUGCAGAUGUGUUUCUGAGGGCCAAACUCAAAUUGGAUUUCAUCGGUAAUGCCUCAAAACCAGAGAAAAUAAUUGAGCACUGGUUAAAAAAAAAGCUGGAAGCAAAGGGCACUUCGCUCAUAUGGAACGUCCUCAUCGUGGAAGUUGCCUGGAGGAACGCAAAGAGACUUAAUAUCCAGACGCGGUUCCACGAGCAAUUCAAACAGUACACGUGUGACUUCCAUGUUCAAGAUUACAGCAUGAAGCACAUUGAGGAAAUUAAAUAUUUCAUUAACACCACCUUGACGCCCCAGUAUGCAAACGACUCCAGUGUCAUUCAAACUACAGAUAUGACGCUCAAACAAAUAUUUCCUCCAGUUUGUUUAGAAGAAGUGUCAGUGACAAUCUACGGAAAAUACUUUUGGCCUGAAACCUGUCCUCAAGUUAAUCAGACCAUGAGAUGCAGUAAGCCAAGCUCCAAGGAAGCCUUCAGACUUUGUGAAUUACACCUUGAAAACGACACAACCAGCUGGGCCCAGCCGGACAUGACAAAUUGCAGUCCAAUUGAGUCCAUUUCAGAACUUGAAAAUAUCACUGUCACCACCGAUAAUGCCGCUGAAGUGGUGGACCUAAUCCAGAACCUGGUCAACUCCAUGUUGGGCAACGCCACACAGCUUCCGCCUUCCGAGCUCCAUACGGUGGUGGAGAAACUCAACCAGGUGGUAAAUGUCACCACCGUCACACAGGAGCUUGGCGACAACAUCGUUCGCGUUUUCUCUGACAUCUUGAUUUCCGACACGGACGUGGCCCCGGUGGCUGCUAGUAUCCUGAACCUGACGGAUAAAAUGGGCAACACGAUGGAGUUUGAGAAUGAAUCGCUAAGUCUGACCGCCCCUUCGCUGGCUCUGUCCAUGAUUGACGUGGCUCCCGAGGGAUUCAACGGCCUCACGUUCAGAGCAGUGUCCAUGUCUUCGUUCCAGGAGCCGAAUGUACUUGUCAACCAGAGUUUUGAGGGCAAACCAAUCCCGGCUGCCAAUGCGACCAUAUCCCUGCCGUCUACUCUCCACAACUUCCUUCCACCUGGACAGAGGAAUAAAACCCGGGUCCAGUUUCAGUUCUAUGGAACACAAGACCUCUUCCAGGGCCCCCAAACUGCCAACGCAACGACGCGCAGCGACUUGAUGUUGAACUCUUACAUUGUGUCCGCAAGCAUCAACGGCAGCCACGUUAGCAACCUGAGUGACGGCGAAAGAGUGGUGAUUACGCUACGUCAUCGCAAAGCAAAACAAAAUGGCGACAGGAUGCGGUGUGUGUUUUGGGAUUUCCAAGAGAAUGGUGGACUGGGUGGAUGGAGCAGCCUCGGUUGUGAAACUUGGACUCUUUCGCCUUAUCAGACCAGAUGUCUGUGUGAGCACCUCACACAUUUUGCUGUGCUGCUGGAUGUUUCCAGAACUCCCAUAAGUGAGAGUCACAGUCACAUUUUAAACGUGCUCUCAUACAUUGGUUGCGGUAUAUCCGCCCUCUUCUUGGGGAUCACUCUCCUCACUUACCUCGCUUUUGAAAAGCUUCGCCGUGACUACCCGUCGAAAAUUCUCAUCAACUUGUCGGCCGCCUUGCUGGGACUGAGCUUGAUUUUCCUGCUGGACUCGUGGCUCUCGUCUUUUUACGACUACAGCUUGUGUAUCGUCACCGCCGCCACACUGCACUACUUCCUGCUGGCCUCCUUCACCUGGAUGGCCCUGGAGGCCGUCCACAUGCACUUCGCCCUGGUCAAGGUCUUCAACACAUACGUGCCUGCGUACAUCCUCAAGUUCUGCGCUGUCGGGUGGGGCGUUCCUCUGGCCAUCGUCUGCUUGGUGCUGGCCAUAGAUAAAGACGCCUAUGGGAACACUAAGGAGACAGCAGUUGCAGCAAAGAGUAAAAUUACCAACGAAUUCUGCUGGCUGCAGAACGACAUCUUCUUCUACGUGACGGUGGCGGCCUUCGUCCUGCUGGUCCUGUUGUGCAACGCAACCAUCUUCGUGGUGGUUCUGAUUCAGAUCCGCAAGACGGCCGCCAACAAAAAGGCGUCGACCAGCAGUCGCAGCACCAUGCAGGACUUGAGGGCGGUGGCCAGCCUCACCGUUCUGCUGGGUCUCACAUGGCUCGUGGGCUUCCUCACCUUUGGAAAAGGCAAAGUGGCCAUGAUGUACCUGUUCACCAUCUUCAACACGCUGCAGGGGUUCUUCGUUUUUCUCUUCCACUGCCUGAUGAAAGAAAAUGUGCGGAAACAAUGGCGAAUCCAUUUGUGUUGCGGUGCUUUAAGACUCGCUGACCGUUCAGACUGGAGUGCGACAACGGGCGGUCACCGCAGGAAAGAGAAUCUUAUUAACUCCAGCUCCACUGUCAAAACCUCGCUCAGGAACACUUCUGAGUCUGACACUGGCAUGGAAAACCAGAAGGGGGCGUAAGAAAGCCUCCCCAAUGGUUUGACUCGAUGUCUUAAACUUGCUUUGCCUGGGGAAUUGUCCAAUUUCACGUAAUUGUUUCAAAAUUAACAGCUACAGUCGUGCCUUGAGAUACAAGUUGAAUUCAUUCAGUGAACACACUCCUAACUUAAAACACUCAUAUACUUGGAGGGCUGUAAUAAUAUCGAAACAAAUAUUUAGCCCGUCAAUGGCCUUUUCCAUUCGGUGUUAGCAUUAGCAUUAAGGUAGCAGACUCAAAGGGCAUUUUCUUUACAAAAUGAUGUUCUAUGGAGCCCCACUAGUCCAAACAUGGCAUUCUGAUUAAAUUUGUGUUUGUGUAAUAUGAGUUAAGCAGUAAAAGAUACCGUUCUUUUUUUUCUAUCUCAGAGGACGGCCAUUUUGCCACUUUCUGUCGACUGAAAAUGACAUCAGUUGCUCAAGGGCUCAGUAACGACCAAUCAUGGCUCACCUGUUUUCUGUAGCUGAGCCAUGAGCAACUGCGAUGCCAUUUUCAGUCGACAGCAAAGUGGCAAAGCCCCCCCCCCCCACAACCCUGAGAUGGAUAAAAACUGGUGGGCUUUACUGCUGAACUCAUAUUCCACCAACACAAUAUUAAUCAGAAUGCUGUUUUUAAGACGAAUGAAGGUACAUAAAACAUUAUUGUCAAGAAAAUGUUUCGGGUUAACUUCCCCUUUCAAGGCUAAGCUAUGUGGUUGUUUUAAGUAUAAAACGUUUUUGGGUUUUUUUUUUGUUCACCAUCUGCCAAACUGCUGCUGGUUGUGAGUGAGAUGAGUUGAGUUCGCUUCCACCAUACGGCAGAGUCAAAGCAAAAAGGCUUCCAAACGACAGCUUGUAUCCUCAUGAAAUUACUACGUCGGGUCAAGGGUAUCUCAAGGCACCACUAUCUCUAGGCCGAGGAUGUAUUGUAACUGUCAGAAUGCUUAAAAACUCUUCUACAAGAUGGCAGAAGGUACAGUAUAUAAUCAACCCGUGUAUGCGCUUUUUGUGAUAUUAAUGCAAAGCCAAAACUCAAACAGCACUGAAAUUCAAAACAAUAUACUGUAUUACCAAAUUACAGUGUUAUCUGAAUUUUUUUUUUUUUUUUUUAUAAGCAAGUAACAUCAUAUUCAUAUUAUUCCAGUCCCAGAAUGAAUUGCAGUUCUUUUUCAGCAUUAGGACUUUGUGCUCAACAAGUAGCAAUUCACUGAUUCUAAAUGUGAAUUAAAAUGUGACGGAAGAAUGUGUGAAAAGUUGCAUUUUAGUACUUUAUGUCCAUUUUGCUUAUUGUGUGUACCCAUGUCUACCCUACUUUGGUCAAACAAAAAUGCAAACAUAAUAAAUAGUAUCAUGCCUGA